GAUGCUAAGAACUUCAACUGCACAUUCGCCAGUAAUGUAUGCCACUGCUCUGCGGCCACAAACAGAGCAACUUGCUCAUGCAGCGGAGGCGAAAUUCACAAAGCACUCAGAAAGACAACACUGCCACAGACUACCAAAAAUGUGGUGAUUUACCAAAAGGAGGGAAAAAUUCUGGCAAAAACUAACGUUGGAACAGCGAUUCAACUGCACGUUGUCGCCGAGAAUCUGAAAAUGACGCAUACGCGACGGAACACCUCAUGCACCAUAAAGUCGUCCGAAAUAACAGGCUGCUACAACUGCCUCAACGGCGCCCGAGUCACUGCAGCGUGCCAAUCGACCAGUGGAGAAAUCACAAUUGACGUCAAAUGUAGCGACCAACUUCAAGUGAUGACGUGCACAUCUACCGGCCAUAUCAAUACACUGGUUUUCAACUUUGAUUCACCGAAUAUCAAUGUGAGCUGCACUGUGUUCUGCCCGGGAGGAUCGAUCAACUUCGAUAUUCAAGGACAACUGGAGUUCUUUAACGAUGGUGUCCUACUUCAGGAAGAAAUUUCUAUUCAUAACACUGAGAGAGGAAAUGAUUUUUCCGCUACCAUUGAUAGUAUUUUUGUAACUAUCAUGAAUGCCUUUGAAACAGUCCACUCCUUUAUAAGCUCCUUAGCUUCUUUAGGACCAGCAAAUGGCGACCACGGCAGCUGCAAUGGCACAAAGCUGCAAGCACUGAUCCCACUCAAAGCCAGCAACGUCAACACCGCUCAACGAGACUGCUCGUCCUCACCAGGUCGUCCACCCCACAUCAACGUCAGAGCCUACACACCGGCAACGAUCGCUCUGAACACCAGCGUCUCCACAACCUCUGCACCACUCAAGGAGCCUACCAAAAUCUUACACGGCUGGUCAGACCUCAUCUACAUCAACGAUUCCACACUGUCGACGACCGUCUAUCAACGUCAGACUCUCCGUACCGUCAGAAACAUCGACGACCUCUCAUCAAGACAAGCGAAUCCUACACCGCAGCCCAUCGCUCUUCAACGUCAACGACUCCACACCAUCCUCAUCAACGUCAUCAUCUCUACAUCGUCGACGAUCGCUCUAAACGCCAGCGUCUCACCACACAAGCAGCUCACUCGGCUCACGGCUCUGCACAACCGGCACUAUACUGAAUCGCCUUCUGCAACUUGCGACAGUUCAACCACAAUUUCACGUCGACAGUACAUACGUCAUCAUUGUUAU